CUAGCUGCUACUCAUUUCCUUUACCUGGGUCACAUUAAUUGCUUAUUUCUACACUACAGUUUUCUGUCUUUUGAGACUCUUUCAUACUCUAUAUUUGGCUGGCUUUUGGUUUAGGAGGAGGUGUGGAUAUGCAAUCUCAGGAGGAAUUUUUGGGGUUUAAUGAUAGCGGAGCCUUGAUCAUGAAAGGCAAGCGUACGAAGCGCCAAAGGCCAGCGUCCCCGUUUGGUGUCACGGUGACUUCUAGCUCAUCAAGCGGCGGUGGUAGAGGAGUGGCAGAGGAAUAUAACUCGAUUUCCUCUCCGACCACAACGUCCGGUGAUCGGGUUUACGAGAGCACCGAGGAAGAAGAGGAGAUGGCUAAUUGCCUAAUCAUGUUGGCACAAAGUGGUGGUACGAGAAGGAACGUGGAGCUUUAUGUGUACCAGUGCAAAACUUGUAACCGAUCUUUCCCUUCUUUCCAAGCUCUAGGAGGGCACAUGGCAAGCCACAAGAAGCCGAAAAGCGCCAUGGAGCACAAAAAACCACUAGUUUUGGCAGUCGAUGAUGAAGUCGUGGCUGUACGAGUAAGUAACAGAAAGGGUAAUAAGAUUCACGAGUGUUCGAUAUGUGGCUCCGAGUUCACCUCUGGUCAAGCUCUUGGAGGUCACAUGAGUCGGCACAGGGCUGCACCAACUGUGGCCGGAACCACCAUGAACGUCGAUCAAAUCACCACAAGCAAAUCGAACAAGACAUUGUUGGAUCUUAAUCUUCCGGCACCAGAAGAUGAUCUCAGAGAUUCCCAGAUUCAAGCUAUUGUCUUCACCACACCAGCUUUGGUAGAUUGUCAUUACUAAAAUGCAAAAUCCCAUGAAAUCAAAGUGAAUUUCACAGUUAGUGUUGAUUCAACUCCAUGUAAUUUUACAG